AGACAUGGAUGUUCAACAGCUCUUUACAAGUCUCAAGAAGGAAGCCGAGUGUCCACUGUGUCUAGAAACAGUCAAAGAUCCCAAGACAUUGCCAUGUCUACACUCGUUCUGCCUGUGGUGUAUCGACAAACACGCAUGAUAUGCAAAAAGAAAGUUAGAAGCGACGAUCAAAUGUCCAGUUUGUCAGGCUUGCUUUCAGAUCCCUGAGGGAGACACGUUUAGCGGCCUUCCCACAUCUUUUCAUCUCAACCGAUUGGUGGAUCUUCUCGCUCUAAGAGAUGACAGCGAAGAGGCUCAGAGAUGCAGCAGUUGUGAAGAAAACAACACGGCCACUUGCUACUGCUUUGUUUGCCAGAACUUUCUUUGCAAGGAUUGUUUUGAUGCCCAUCAACGCCUGAAGGCCACAAGAGGUCAUCGCAAUGUUUUGAUCGAAAACUUGCAAGCGCAAGAUGUGGAG